UGUCCUUGUGGCUCAAAGAAAAAAAAAACACAAGACCAAAAAAUGGAGGUUAUGAAGAAACAUUUUGUUUUGGUACAUGGUGCAUGCCAUGGAAGUUGGUGUUGGUACAAGCUAAAGCCAUUGCUAGAGGCUGCUGGCCACAAGGUCACUGCCCUUGACAUGGCAGCCUCUGGCAUUGAUUUGAGAAAAAUAGAGGAAAUUCGCACACUUGUUGAUUAUACCGCGCCAUUGAUGGAGUUUAUGGAAUCCCUUCCACAUGAGGAAAAGGUUGUACUAGUAGGGCAUAGUUAUGGUGGUAUCAAUUUGGGACUUGCUAUGGAAAAAUACUCACAAAAGAUAUUUGCUGCUGUUUUCUUGACUGUUCUUAUGCCUGAUUCUGCUCACGUGUCCUCCUAUGUUUUGGAUCAGUACUUUGAGAGGACGCCAACAAAGAAUUGGUGUGACACCCAAUUUGUAUCAUAUGGUUCCCCUGAAGAGCCUUUGACAUCCAUAUUUUUGGAUCCCAAGUUGUUGGCUCACCGAUUUUAUCAGUUAUGCUCUCCUGAGGAUGUUGCGUUAGCAUCGACAUUAAUAAGACCAAGCUCUUUGUUCAUCGAACAUCUAUCGAAGGCAAAGUAUUUCACGGAUGAAGGUUAUGGAUCAGUAAACAAAGUUUAUAUAAUCUGCACUGAGGAUAAAGUCUUGCCAAAAGAAUUCCAGCAAUGGCAAAUUGAUAACAUUGAAUCCGUCAUCGACGUAAAGGAGGUUAAAGGUGCUGAUCAUAUGGCAAUGCUAUGUAUGCCUAAACAACUUUGUGACACUCUAUUGGAGAUUGUCCAUAAAUACAAUUGAUCCAUCUUCUACACUUUUGAAUAGUUAGUUGUUGUUGCUUUCAACUGGAAAAAACACAUGUUUGUGUUCGUUUGAAGUAUCAAUAAAAUGUUUUAGACUUGUUUGACAAAACUAUAUUCUCUUUUAACGGUUAAUUGUACUUUUAUUUACAAUCUUCAUACAACUAUCAUGAUAUGUAUAUAUAUUAAUUAUAUGAGAUCUUGAGACGGAUGAA